ACCCGCCCUGUUAUAUUUGGCUAGUCAGUGCUGUUUAGUUAUGUCGGUUAAGGUAGCUGUACCUUUUCCGCUUUGAGACUUAAAAAAAAAAAUGUCAGUGUCUGAGGACAGCGUAUCGUGUCCGACUGAAAACAGUGUCACUGUUCAUUUAGACUCGGCCUCUGUCUCAGACGCCGAAACAGUGCUAAAAAAUCCUAAUGUCCAUAGUUGUCAUGUUGAAGAAGAAACCGAGAAUGACGGUGAGCUUCUUAAAGGCUUGCUAACCGACACCUUCUGUCAGGUGUGUGAGGCGGUGUUGAUGUUUGAGUCUCAGAGAGUCUCUCACUAUGAGGGGAAGAAGCAUGCUCAGCGCGUUCGAAUCUACCUGCAGAACAAGAAAGCUGAAAGGAACAAGCAGAGCAGCUUUCAGAGUGUUAGUGCGGAUCCGGAGAAGUUCUGCGAGCUGUGCAAUAUGGUGUUUAGCUCGCCUGUGGUCGCCAAGUCUCACUAUGAGGGAAAAGUCCAUGCCAAGAACACAAGGAAGUCCAGCGCCACAUCCUCUGUAGAUUCCAGGACCACAGUGAGUACAGCGGCUCCUCCUGUAACUGCCGUGGAGGACGCAGCAGAGGCGAGCGCAUCGGACGACGUGGUUCAGGAACAGAAGGAAAGCACAGUGUCUGCUGCCCAGGGAGUCGACCUGAGUGACCCAGACAAGUACUGCAAGUUAUGCGCGGCUUCGUUUAACAACCCGAUGAUGGCCGCUGAGCACUACAGCGGUCGCAAGCAUCAGCGUAACCUGGCCCGCCAGGAGCUGCACAAUAAGCUGGGAGAACUGUCUGAGCAAGCAACCUCCCUCACAUGUCCAAUCUGCAAUGUUACUCUCAGCUCCAUGGACACAUACCAGGCUCACAUGAAAGGCAAUAAACACCAGAUAAAAGAAAAGAAGACGCAAGACGAUUUAUGCAAAAAGAAGGUGUACGACUCGUUCCAGGACGAGCUGGCCGACUACAUCCAGGUGCAGAGGUCUCGGGGACUGGAGCCCAAAACGGGUCAGGGAUCUGAAAAUCAGGGACCGAGGAAAGCAGAGAGCGUAGUAGACGAGAGCGGAGAGUGUUGUGACCAGCCCCAGAUUCUGUCUCUCCAAUCCCGUCUUCCUGCCCCUGCAUUCCGAACACAGCCCUGGCGCCCACCGUUUCAUCCUCACCCCAAUCCCGUCGCUUUCAGAGGACGAUUCCCAGUGCCGAACCAAUGGGAUCAGGGUUACUCAUCCUACCCUCCUCCCCUCAUCCCUGGGCUAACAGGAAGAGCAUUACAUAGAGGGAGGAGCCCAGAAUCUUUUAGCUCCUCGUCUUCGUUCUCAGACUCCUCGUCUUCGUAUAGUAGCAGCAGCAGCGAGGACAGCAGAGACAGACGGAGGAGGAGGAGGAAAAAGAGACGAGAAGGAACAAAGAAAAGAAGAGAAGAAGAUGGUGAUUCAGAAGGGGACGUGCAGAGAAGGAGCAGAGAGAGGAGAAGGAAGGACGAUGGCAGCGCAAAGAAACCAAAACGACACAGAGGAAGCUCUGAUGAAGAUCACGGAAAGAGGUGGAAGGAGAAAAAGCACAGAGAAAGAGUUACCAAGAAGAGACGGAGAGAAGAGGACGAAGGAGAUUGGACCAGAGUGUCUCAUGUAGCGAUGCCGAAAGGUGAGGGAGAAGGAGAAGCACAGAGUGAAGGACUUAAAGAGGAGAAAGCGAAGCACAAAAAAGAGAAGAAGAAACCGAAGGACAGAGAGGACAACCGGACAGAAGAGGAAAAGCUGUGGGACGAAACCAUUGUGGGGAUAUUCUGAUAGACGAUGAUUGUGAACACUCAUUCAUCCUACGUGGAAAGCGCAUGGAACCACAACUAAUCGGCCCUGGACAUAUGGAAGGGAAGAGAGAAGUCAGCACUCACUCAAAAAGAGUUGCAGGACGACCUGAAAGCAGCAGGAACAGCAGUUACACAGAAACCAAUAAGCAUUGAAGUGUAGUACAAUCACCUCUGUUCGUAAUCCUCAUGCAAAUCCCCGAUGCGAAAAAGAAAAAGCACAGAGAUGUGCAUCUAUAAGCAUUAAGAUGAAUCAGAGCUCUUGGAACGAUAUACUCUGGUCAGACGAAAUAAAAACAGAACUCUCUGACAGUAAUUGAAGAUGAUUUUCCAGGAGGACCGAGCCAGAAUUGAACCGCAAUGCUUACCAUGCUUACCAUAGACGCCUUGAAGCUGUAACCGGCAACAAUGGCUUUGCAACAAAGUAUUAAUGCUGGUAAUUUGUGAUUUCUGAAUACUUUUCCCCCUAUCGGCUUUGUUUUUAUAAACAUCUUUGUUUACACAUAUGAAUACAUACUUUUUUGUUCAUACAGUUCAUACAGUCCUCUCUGAAACUAUUGGAACAGCAAGGCCAAUUUGUGUGUUUGUGCUGCACAGCAAAGAUAUGUGUUUGAGUGUUUAGGAUUUCAGUUUUUAUUUCCUAUUGUUUAAAGCUAGAUAUGUUAAACAACACAAAACCUUUUAUAUCAGACCACCCAAAUUUUAGGCGAGCAAAAGUAUUGCAACAGAUAAGAAAAUAACAUAAUAUUUGGUUGCAUAUCCCUUUGCUUGCAGUAAUUAAAGAAGUAAAAAAGUAAGUAAAAAAAAAAAAACACAAUUGUUGGUUUCUUCUUUUGUGUUGCUUUUCCAGGCUUUUGUUUCUGGGGAUUUCUCCCUUCAGUUCCUCGUCAGGAGGUGAAAUUCUGCUCAAUUUGGUUAAGGUCUGGUGAUUGACUUGGCCAGUCUAAAACCUUCCACUUUUCCCCCUUGAUAAAGUCCUUUAUUGAGUUGGCAGUGUGUUUUUGUGUCUUCCUCCCGUUUAAUUUGCAUGUAUUUCCCUGUAAAUUGGCAGACAAAAUGUUCCUGCAAACUUCUGAAUUCAUUCUACCACUACCUUCAUGAGUUAACAUCAUCAAUAAAGAUUAGUGAGCCUGUUCGAGAAGCAGCCAUGCAAGCCCAAGCCCUGACACUACCUCCUCCAUGUUUCACAGAUGAGCUUAUUUUGGAUCAUGAGCAGAUCCUUUCUCAAUACUUUGGCCUUUCCAUAAUUUUGGUAGAGCUUACUCUUGGUUCCAGAACUUUUUUUUUGCCUCAUCUCUGUAUUUCUUUGUGAAUUCCAGUCUGGUUUUAUGAUUUUUACUGCUCAUGAGUGGUAUGGCCUCUAUAACCUCCUUUGGAGGUUGUUGGUGAUGUCAUUGACUGUUUUUGGGGGGUUUUCUUCACAGCUCUCAAAUGUUUCUGCCAUCAGCUGUUGUUGUUUUCCUUGGCUGACCCAUUCAGUGUUUGUUGCUCAGUACACCAGUGGUUUCUUUAUUUUUCAUGACAUUCCAAUUUGUUGUGUUGGCUAUGCCCAGUGUUUGUGCAAUGCCUUUGAUUGAUUUUCCCUCUUUUCUCAGCUUCAAAAUGGCUUGCUUUUAUCCCAUAGACAGCUCUCUGAUCUUUAUAUUGGCUUAUCCUAUUUAACAAGUGCACUUCACAGGUGAAACCUAAGGCUAAACCAUAGAGUUGAUGUUCAGAGCUAUUUUUUUGUUUAAACAAUCAAUCUAACAGGACACACCUGGGUAACAAGAAACACCUGUCAUGUUCCAAUAUUUUUUGUUCGCCUGCAAAUUGGAUGGUCUGAUCUAUUUCUGUUAACACAUUUAGAUACAAAUACCAGGGAAUAAAAGCGGACGUUCUAAACUCUCUUCUCAUAUUCAUCUUUUGAUCUCAAACCUAAAUGUUUUCAGGGUACAGCAAAAACAAACGAAUUGGCCUCGCCGUUCCAAUAGUUUCGGAGGAGACAGUAUGUAUAAAGUCAAAAGAUAUUACGUGUGUAAUGUGGACAAUAGAAGUAUAUGAAAUAAUAAAAACAAAAAGAACCAAACACUGAUUUCCCCUUGCUGUAGAUUCUGGAAAAGGUUCAGAAGUGGAUGAAUCAGUAGCCUGGGACAAGCAGAUUUAUUAUGCUCAGCGGGUUAACAGACAAGUAUUUUUUCUUCUCUUGUUUGUUAACGAAAGAAAGAAGCAUCUCUACUUGCUAUUGACUUGCAAAAGUUCUGGGACGUAUAUUUAAAUUGUGCUCGAUGUGACGCACCUCAAUGCUCUAACUCAGCAGUUCUCAAACUUUUUUUUUGGCAGCUUUUGCAUUAGUGUUAAAUUCAUUUUUGUGAUAUGUAAUCCUAGUUAAGUCCAUUUCAGUCAGGUUGUAACACUAGAAAAUGUGGAAAACGUCAUGGGGGUGAAUACUUGCGCACAGCAGUGUUGUACUCUCAAGACGGGUGCAGUGACACAAACUCUGACUCAGGGAGGCGCAGUUCGACUGCAAGAGUGUGUCCUGUUUGUCUCUGUGAGGAAAAACUAACGUUUGCUGUGAUGUAUGUGCAACAGAGUAAGUAUUUGUAUGAUUUGAUGUAGACGAGACCUUUUUUCCCCAAAUUUGUAUGCGAGUUGCCUGCUUAGGAUUUAUUACAUGCUCAUUAUUAUACAAGUUCUACAUUAAUGUCUGAAGCUCUGCUGUUAGGAUAGUGUGUGUGCUUGAAUAUAUUUUUGUCUUGUAUGACAGGUGUGUUUAGGGCAAAUGAGGACACUUGGCUUUUACAACUCACACCUGGCUCUCAGGUUAGACCUCAUUUGCCCCGAAUGAAAGGAUGAAGUACUGAAAUAUAGUACAUAGCCAAAAAAAAGAUGCUAUAUUAACACAGUGGAUAUUUAAAAAAAAAAAAAAAAAAAAAAAAGUAAUUGAAAUUGCAGGUUUUUAUGAUGUAAAGUCAAAAAUCAAGACAAAUCAUAUCUAAUAUUUUUCAUAUUUAACGUGAUCUUGAAAUGAAUUGAUAAUUAUCAGAGGAAAAAAAAAUUCUCUGACACUUCUCAGCCCACUUUGCUGUCAGAACAGCCUUAAUUCUUCAUGAAUGCCACAAGGUGCUGGACAUAUUCCUUUGAGAUUCUGGUCCACAUUGAUAUGAUAUUGAUAUUGCAUCAGAUAAUUGCUGCAGAUGUGUCACUUGUGUGACUCGUGUUCUACCACAUCCCAAAAGAUUCAGAUCUGAACCUGGGGAGACCUCUGAACUCGCGGUCAUGCUCAUGGAGCCAGUUGUGCGUUCUGAGAUGCUUUUCUGCUCACCACGGAUGUAAGGAGUGGUUGUUUGAGUAACCAUAGUCUUCCUGUCAGCUCUAUUCUGACCUCUCUCAUCAACAAGGCAUUGCCACCUGUAGAACCACCAUUGGAUGUUUUUUGCACCAUUCUAUGUAAACUCUAGAGACUGUUUUGUGUGAAAUCAUGCCAUGGUCAGUCACUGAGAUUCCAUUUUUCCCCAUUCUGAUGUUUGAUGUAAACAUUAACUGAAGCCUUUGAUUUGUAUCUGCAUGAUUUUAUGCACUGUACAGCUGUCAUAUGAUUGGCUGAUUGGAUAAUUACAUAACUGUGCAGGUAUAAAGUGAUGGAUAUAAACCUAUGUGGAUGUUGAGCAUGUAUGUGGAAAUGAUUUGAUCCUAUAAGCUGAGACACUAAUGCACUAUAUGUUUGAAGAUAAAAAAAAAAUUCUUAAAUUAAUUUUCCCAAUAUAGCACCUUUAAUGUGACAA